AUGGGGGAGGCGGAGUCGUCAUCUUCAUCUGUGUUCCAAGUGGUUGGAGAACCAGCCGUCUGCGUCAAUGGGCUGCCAGAAAUGUCCACAGAUGGAUCCCCUCCCACUCCGCCGAGCUCCAUGAAUCAUGGAGAAGCACCCCAGGAGCCGUAUUUCGGCAGGUGGUUCGAAGGAAGAGAGGUGUACAAGUUGUUUGGUGGCAGAUAUUAUUGGGGCAAGGUGGUUGACUUUGACUCGGAGAUGAAGUGGUACAGAGUCGUCUAUGAGGAUGGCGACUUUGAGGACCUCGACCAGGACGAGCUGGAGGAGGUGCUGCUCCCCCUUGACGUUUUCGUCCCGUUGGAGGCGCUGUUCCUCAACGUUUGGCACCGUGGGAAACUGGGAGGAGAGUCUGAGGAAUUACGGAAAUCGAAGGGCGUUGACCGGACGGUGCGCCAGUUUCAGUCAACCAAGGUGGGUUUAUCCCCAGAAAGUCAGAGCCUAGUUGCGGCAACUGGCCGUCGGUGGACCAAGAAAGGAGGUUCGAACAAGAAAAGUCAGAGGAAUAUUGCGGCAAGAGCUCUAGAAACGGCGAAGGAUCCGAUCGAUUGA